AUGCAAGAAGAAGCAGUAGAAUGUGGACUUGAAGAUGAUUGCAUUUUCCCAUCAACAUUAACCUAUUUCAUUAGAAACUCUUUAGUUGGAUAUGUUAAUACAUUGAUAUUUAAUGCAGAUGAUAUUAUAGUCGAAAAAACUAAAUUUACUGCAUUUUCAAUGAAACACCUUAUAUUUAAAGGAAAUACAGCCUUUAUUAACGAAGAAACAUUUAGCAAUUGUUAUAGUUUAGAAUCUGUAAUAUUACCAAAAGAUAUGCCAAUUAUUAAAGCUGAUGUUUUCCGUUAUUGCAUUAAAUUGAAAAGCGUUCAAUUUCCUGAUAAUCUAGAAACUAUUAGAUCAUAUGCUUUUGAAUCCUGUGAAAGUUUAAACACAAUUAACUUUUCAAAUACACUUUGGGAAAUAUUUGAAGGAGCUUUUAGUUCAUGUACAUCAUUAACAGAACUUAAUUUUCCUAAAUCUCUAAAUGCAUUUAGUUAUACCUCAUUUAUGGGAUGCAGUAAUCUUACUUUAGUCAUAUUUAAUUCAAAAGUCAAAAUCUUCGACUAUGCCUUUUAUUCAUGCUAUAAUCUCAAAGAAAUAAGAUACAAUUCUUCCCAGAUAGACCAAAUUUAUAUUUCUUACAUGGUACCAUAUAUAAAUUUAGUGAAUGUAAGCAAAAAUAUAACAAUAUAUGCACGAAGAGAUCUCUUCAGUGAAACAAAAAAUCUAAAUAUGAGUAUAUCUUGUGAGGUUCAAGAAAUAAAUUCUGGAGAACUGGAUGGGCACAAUGAUUUCGUCAAUCUUGAACAAUUUGCUUAUACAGGAUUGACAGAAAUCUCAGGAAAUAUGUCACUUCCUGACAAUGUUUCAUGUAUAAACUUAAAUCCUGAAUACAAAGGAAAAUUAUUUGGUAAAAGAUUGUCAAAAUACAGGAUAUGUGGAAAAGAUUAUAGUUCUAAACUGGGAACUGUUGCCAUAAUUGGAAUUUCACUAUCAUGUAUUGUUGUUGCCUCAAUUAUUAUAGUUUUAUUAGUCAUAUACAUAUUAAGAAGACGCAAAACAAAAGGCUUCUCAGAAAUUGUCACAUCUACCGUUUAA